AUGCUCUGCCCUCCAGAUGUUGCAUUCGAAAAGCGGUGCUUCAAGAGGAGCGGAAACAAGGUUACUCCUCCAUCUAUAGCCCUUGGCACCGGUUUGGAAUCUGGAUUCUUAUUUAAGUUGUCGGCUGUGGAGGAUGUCGCGCGUCGAGGCCAGUUUCCAGGCUUGCUAACAAAAGAUGAAUUUUUGCUGAUGUGUGAAGAGAGUGAGCACAUUCGGGACGCAUACGCAAUGGCGAAGCACCUUGUUGCCCUCGCCCCUGAUGGCAUUUUUACCCGCGCCACACUUCAGGAAACCGCUGGAAAGGUUGGUUCCACUCAAGACACACUCAGUGUUGAAGAGGUCGAUGCGCUUUUUAACGCACUGGACUUGGGUAACCGGGGAUACGUGUCAGUGGAUGAGUUUAUGGAUGCGCUGUAUGGUGAAGAAGGGAGAGAGGCUAUGAGAGAAAUAAGGAGGGAAUACAUGCGACGGAAAAUUGAGGCUGAGACCGAGCCCGUCGUGGAGGAUGAGGCCAACCCUGAAGCUGAUGCGGAAGUGGAUGCAGAAGCGGACGAGGAGGCGGAAGCAGAUGAAGAGGCAGAGUUGUGA